AUGUCAUCAAUUAUUGACUAUAAUCAAUCGGAUCAAUCAAAUUGGUACAAAUUAUUUGCAAACAAGACAACAAAACAAGGUAAAAAGAUCAAGGUUGAACAAGCUGGUUGGGAGGAAAUUAAACUUGUUUCUAAUAGUGAAUAUGGUCCAAUAUUGGAAUUGAAGGCAAAGAAUGAUUCCAUGUUCAGCCAACAAUCCAAGGAUCGUGAUUUCAAACCAGAUUUUGUUUUGGUUAGAAAUUUCCCAAGUUCUCUCCACACUGAAACUUUUAGAAAUGUUUUACUUGGUUUAAUGUUUGCAAAUAUUCCUGCUGUUAAUUCAUUGGAAUCUGUUUACAUGUGCAGUGAAAAACCAAUUAUUUAUGGAAAAUUGAAGGAAAUUCAAAAGAAAUUGGGAGGAUUUGAAAAUUUCCCACUCAUUCCACAAAUUUAUUAUCCUAACAUUAGAAGCACUGAUUUCUUUGAUGAGAAUGAAAAGACAACACCACAAGAAUUUCCAGUUGUUUGUAAAGUUGGAACUGUUCAUGCAGGAUUUGGUAAACAAAAAUUGGACACCAAGUCAAGUUUCACUGAUUUUACAACAGUUCUGGCUCUUUAUAAGGAUUAUUUUACUUGUGAGCCAUUUUGUCAAGUUGACUAUGAUUUGAGAUUACAAAAAAUUGGAAAUCAUUAUAGAGUUUAUCAAAGAAGUAGUGAUUCUUCAUGGAAGAAUAAUUGGGGAGCUAUGAAAUUCAAAGCACUCGACACUAUUGAAGAACGAUACAAAUUGUGGAUGGAUGAAGUAUCUCAACUGUUUGGAGGUCUCGACUUGUUUACUCUCGAUGUUAUGAAACUCAAAGAUGGUUCUGAGCGUAUUAUUGAACUAAACGAUUCUUCCAUGGGUUUACUCUACGAAUACGAAACUCAAGAUAAUCUCUGUAUUGUUGAAACUGUCAUGGACAAAAUCCAUUCAUUGGAUUUGUAA